AUGAUCCCUGAGCUGGAAGAUCGCAUCGCCGCCCUAGAGCUCAUGAUGAAGGCCGGCGGCGCGAUGAGCCCCAUGAAAGCUGCGGCCAAAGAGUUCGAGGCGCCCAAAGGCCCCAGGUGGAGUGCCGAGGAGAGCCCAGGAAAGCGGGCGCCGCCCGAAGACGACGGCGACGACGGCAACGACGGCAACCAGAAGAUCGUCAUGAUUCAAGGCCGGCGCCCGGCGAUGAGCCGAAGACAAGACGAGUCUCGCAGAGCGGCGGAAGGCACGGGUUGA